AUGAAACUCGAAUUAACUCUCGAACAUUUGCCCGAAGUUACUCAACCUCUGCCCGAACAUAAGACUAAUCAAUCUGGCCAAUCCCAAGAUGCUCAUGAAGACAACCUGCCGGGCAAUACUGAGCACGAGAAGUCUGCAAAUGCAGAAGAGCACCAAGAUGAGAAAGCGACAACAGAGGAUGAAAAGUUAGAGGAGGUUGGGAACGAUGACGUGGCUGAUACCACUAAAGAGGAGGAACUGAAAUGGACGGAACUACUUCUAGACGACGACUAUGAUUUCGAAACAGCCAUAGACAAAUCUCCCUCUCAGCAAGAAUGGUCACGUCAGAAGCACGAAGAGAACCAGCAAAAUGUUUACCUCGAUCGUAUCAUGUCAAUGGUCGGCCAUGAACAAGUCAAAGCCCACUUCCUGGCCGUCAAGGAAAAGGUCGAUACUGCCAGGCGCUGGAACAGGUCUAUAAAAGACUGGACUUUUGAUCUUUUAAUUCAUGGAAGAAAUGGAACUGGCAAAAACAUGAUCGCCCAAAUCUACACCGAGUUCCUGCAUAGUAUUGGGGUAGUUGAUAAGAAGAAGUUCGCUGUCGAAAAUAAAUGGUACAAAGAUAAGAUUACGCCAGAAGCCUCAAUUCUUUUCUUCUGGGACGCUGAUAGGAUUGAUCGAGAAUCCGAGGUCGAUGACCUUCUAGAAGCAAUAAAGGGCUCAAACUCUCGCACCGUACUCAUAUUGUCCUUUAGAAAGCUCGAUCCCGAUACACAGAAAGCACUGGAUACCAGUAGCGAGUCAAGACGUCGCUUCUCGAAUAUCAUCAGGCUCGAGAACUACAGAGAAAGUGUGAUUUUCGAACUGCUUACACGACUUUGCAAAAGCAAACCGGAGUUUGGUGAUCGGUCUACUACUCUGCUGAGAACGUUGAGUCAAAAGAUAGCUGGUAGGGCUUUGGCGGAGGGGCGUGCUUUCAACAAUGCACAUGCUGUUGCGGAAGGAGUUGACAAGGUCUGCGAGCGGUAUCAAAAGCGUAAAGAAGCUGCUUGGAUGGCUUGGGCCAAGACACAUUCCCCUGACGACGGAGAGACCUUUGGACCAGAGCAUUUCAAGGAUGGAAUCAGUCUUGAAGAUGAAGAUAUCGAGCACAUCAUCGACUUGGCAGAAGUCAACUACCAGCAUCAACUCCACGGUCUGAAACCGCUGGAACCUAUUGACUUUGAUCCUGAUUUCAAUAGAUCUAAAAGAGCCGAUGAGAAUCGCAAUGCUCUGUUUGAGGAUCUCGUUGGUUUUGAGCAGAUCACCGACAGGUUUCGGAAGUAUCAGAAGAUGGCUAAUGGCAUGCGUCGUUAUGGUCUUGACCCGAAACCGCAUAUCCCUUGGGCCUUUGUAUUUAAAGGGCCUCCAGGAACGGGUAAAACUUCUACGGCUCGCAAGGUUGGCAAGCUCUUUUACGACAUAGGCUUUCUCUCUUCAGAUGAAGUAGUAACCUGCUCCGUCACGAAUCUCACCGGGGAGCUCUCAAGACACACUGGACCCAGAGUAAUCAACCAGUUCGAGCUCGGCCUUGGAAAGGUUCUUUUCAUCGAUGAAGCUUACCGUCUCAUCGACGAUAGUUUUCACAAGGAGGCUAUUGGUGAACUCGUCGAUGUCAUGACCAAACCUCGAUACGCUCAUAACAUGGUUGUCAUUUUGGCAGGACACAGCGAUGAGAUGGAAGAGCUCUUGAUGUUGAAUCCAGGGCUGAGGAGUAGGUUUCCUACGGUCCUCGAAUUUCCUCAGAUGGCGCCCGAGGAGUGUCUGAAGCUGCUUGAGAAGUUGCUGUCAAAGCUCAACAUCAGUUUGUCGAUUUCUACUACCGGGGAACAUAAGGUAGCUGUGCUUGAUGUUUUGAAGCAGUUGAUCGAUAGUAAAGGAUGGGCUAGUGGCCGUGACGUCAAGGCUCUCAGUCAGGCCAUCAUGAACCUGUUUUUACGAAAGCGGUCGUCGGCCAAAGAGCAACUAGUCAGUGUAGAGUGCGACUCUAUCCUUGACAAGAAGGACCUGCUUGAGGUUAUAAGCCGUCUUCCUCCAGUUAAUGACCUGCGCAUUGUCUUUCAUUACAACAACUGCAUGUAUGCGGUGGCUGGUUUAGUUAUUGAACAGCAGUCAGGGCGGCCAUGGUACGAGUUCCUGAAGGAGAGGAUCCUUGAACCCCUUGGAAUGCAUCGAGCCGUUAGACACCGAAAGAAGCUACCACAUGGCAAUGUCGCAGAACCUCAUGUUGUCAUUGAUGGCUACUCACUGCAUAGGCAAAAGCCAGUUGACACGGCCGCUGAUGAUACUUUCAUGGAACUAGCUGGAGGUGUCUGGUCCAAUGUAUCAGAUAUGAUGAAAUGGGCCAAGCUCUCCUCAACGCCGUGCACCAGCAGCCUUCGGUCCUCAAACAGAUUUCGACCAUCGUAUCACACAAAUCCAAUAUCACCACCUCUUCCAUAG